CCUUCCAGAGGUAAGCCAGCUGGAUGCCAUGCUACAUCUGUACACCCAGAAAGGAGUGGAUUUCCAGAUUCCUUGCUUGUCCGCUACUGAAGGGACAUGCAAUUUGAUUCAAGUUGGUGUCAAUGAAGUUUGCUGAGCUAAUAUGUGCCACUGGCUAUUUUAAUGGUCUACAUAUUUUUUUAAAAUGAAACAAUCUCAGUUUGAAUUAAAGCACACACUAUAUGCCAGGUGCCAUGGGGUUUAAACCAGGACCUCUGUGUAUUGAGGGCUGGGUCAUUGCUCUGUAUGCCACCAGGACUGCUGGUUAGAAAAGAGAAAUGGAGACAGUUGAAAAUGAGACAUUUGCUCAACAGCCCAGAAUCCUCCUCUCUUGAGGAACUGUGUGACCCCAGAGAGCCAGAUUCUUGCCUCUCUCUGAUAAAAAGCUGCCCUCCAUUGGUCUGAGUAUUUUAUCAGAGAGAAAGGCCAGCAGGUUAUCUUUGUACAUUAACAGACUAAUGGUUUUCUACUGGCCUGGAUGUCUAUAGAAAUGUUUGGUAACAUUUUUCUUCCCAGUCAUUGUCCUUCAUUAUCAUUGUCCCUUCAUAACUGGAGCCUCUAAAAGCCUCCCAAACAGCCAAUUUUGUGCAAAUGUCACAAAUUACUUCUGCUAAUUUGUUCUUUUUGAAGGGUGGCAGCAAUGGGAGUGUUUUCUGAUCUUGCUCAGCCCUGGCUAUUUUAUUAUCUGCUUUUAAUAAUUCUGCACUACUCUUUUUUUCAAUGAAGUCAAUUGCAUGCGUAACAGUGCAUAGAUCAAGUCGCCAAAUGUGUUGACCCGAAAAGGCAAGCUGGUCUGGAAGCCUCGCUUGCAGCAUAUUGAUGGUCAAGAUGACCCCUACCUAACUGGUAGCAGCUGUAGCACUGAGCUCAUAUGCAUUUCACAUGCUUUGAUGUAGCCCCAGGCAUAGCUAGAGGGGGAGGUAAUGAUUAAUACCAUCCACCUGUGUUCCCAGGUGACUUAGCCUGCCAGGGCCUUUGUGUAUCUUUACUUGAGUGCAGACAAGUAAUCUCCUUUCUGUGGAGUCCAUCCUGCAGAAUGCUGUGAUCGGGGCAAGGAGGGAACUGUUGGACCUUUGUUGUCAUGGAAAACAGGUGCUUAAUGGAUAACACUAGUGAAUGAAAUGACCAGGCGGGAUAUUUGAAACUGUGGAAAAUGAACCUGUCAACGUGGAAGAGUUAGCUUUCAAAUUUGCAGUCACCAACAUUAACAGAAACAGAACACUGAUGCCUAAUACCACAUUAACCUAUGACAUCCAGAGAAUAAACCUUUUUGAUAGUUUUGAAGCUUCAAGACGAGCAUGUGAUCAGCUUGCUCUUGGGGUAGCUGCCCUCUUUGGACCAUCUCACAGCUCAUCAGUCAGUGCGGUACAAUCUAUCUGCAAUGCACUUGAAGUUCCACAUAUACAGACCCGAUGGAAACAUCCUACAGUGGAUAACAAAGAUUCAUUUUACAUCAACCUCUACCCAGACUAUGCAGCCAUCAGCAGAGCAGUAUUGGAUUUGGUGCUAUAUUACAACUGGAAGAUAAUAACUGUAGUAUACGAAGACAGUACAGGUCUAAUUCGCCUGCAAGAACUCAUCAAAGCCCCUUCUAGAUACAACAUUAAAAUCAAAAUCCGGCAGUUGCCCUCUGGGAAUAAAGAUGCCCGGCCUUUACUCAAGGAGAUGAAGAAGGGCAAAGAGUUCUAUGUGAUAUUUGAUUGCUCACAUGAAACAGCAGCAGAAAUCCUUAAACAGAUCCUCUCCAUGGGAAUGAUGACUGAAUACUAUCACUACUUUUUUACAACCCUGGAUUUGUUUGCAUUAGACCUGGAACCCUACAGAUACAGUGGAGUCAAUAUGACUGGAUUUCGCUUACUCAACAUUGAGAAUCCACAAGUGUCAUCAGUUAUUGAGAAGUGGUCAAUGGAACGGCUACAGGCACCACCCAAGCCAGAGACUGGUCUCCUAGAUGGCAUGAUGACUACAGAAGCAGCUCUAGUGUAUGAUGCUGUUUACAUGGUUGCAGUGGCUUCCCAGCGUGCCUCCCAAAUGACUGUCAGCUCCCUGCAAUGUCACAGACAUAAGCCGUGGCGUUUUGGACCCAGAUUUAUGAACCUGAUAAAAGAGGCUCGUUGGGAUGGUUUGACAGGGCGAAUUACUUUCAACAAAACAGAUGGCUUAAGAAAGGAUUUCGAUUUGGAUAUUAUUAGCCUCAAGGAGGAAGGAACAGAAAAGAUUGGGCUUUGGAACUCAAACAGUGGCCUUAAUAUGACUGACAGCAAUAAAGACAGAUCUACCAAUAUCACUGAUUCGCUGGCGAACCGAACGCUCAUAGUCACCACUAUUUUGGAAGAUCCGUAUGUCAUGUACAAGAAAUCUGACAAACCCCUUUAUGGCAACGACAGAUUUGAAGGGUACUGCUUGGAUUUGUUGAAGGAAUUAUCAAAUAUUUUAGGCUUCAUCUAUGAAGUGAAACUAGUGUCUGAUGGGAAAUAUGGAGCCCAGAAUGACAAAGGAGAAUGGAAUGGAAUGGUCAAAGAACUCAUCGAUCACAAAGCUGACCUGGCAGUUGCUCCCCUCACCAUUACCUACGUAAGAGAGAAAGUCAUUGACUUUUCCAAGCCCUUCAUGACGCUGGGAAUCAGUAUUUUGUAUCGGAAGCCCAAUGGCACAAACCCUGGUGUUUUCUCCUUUCUAAACCCUCUUUCUCCUGAUAUUUGGAUGUAUGUCCUCCUAGCUUGCCUUGGAGUCAGUUGUGUGCUCUUUGUCAUUGCAAGGUUUACACCCUAUGAGUGGUAUAACCCCCACCCGUGCAACCCUGACUCAGAUGUGGUGGAAAACAAUUUUACUUUACUUAAUAGUUUCUGGUUUGGAGUUGGAGCUCUCAUGCAGCAAGGAUCUGAGCUCAUGCCAAAAGCUCUUUCCACCAGAAUAGUUGGAGGAAUAUGGUGGUUUUUCACCUUGAUCAUAAUCUCAUCCUACACUGCUAAUUUGGCCGCCUUCUUGACUGUUGAGAGAAUGGAAUCCCCCAUUGAUUCUGCAGAUGAUCUGGCAAAGCAAACUAAGAUAGAAUACGGAGCUGUUAGAGAUGGCUCAACUAUGACCUUCUUCAAGAAAUCCAAAAUAUCAACUUAUGAGAAAAUGUGGGCAUUCAUGAGCAGCAGGCAGCAGACAGCGCUGGUAAAGAACAAUGACGAGGGAAUCCAGCGUGUGCUCACCACCGACUAUGCUCUGCUGAUGGAAUCAACUAGCAUAGAAUACGUCACUCAGAGGAACUGUAAUCUCACCCAGAUUGGAGGGCUCAUUGAUUCCAAAGGUUAUGGCGUAGGAACUCCCAUUGGCUCUCCUUACAGAGACAAAAUCACUAUUGCCAUUCUCCAGCUACAAGAGGAAGGAAAGCUGCACAUGAUGAAGGAGAAGUGGUGGCGAGGCAAUGGUUGCCCUGAGGAGGACAGCAAAGAAGCCAGUGCCCUUGGUGUGGAGAACAUUGGGGGCAUCUUCAUAGUGCUUGCAGCAGGACUUGUUCUUUCUGUGUUUGUAGCUAUUGGAGAAUUUAUUUACAAAUCGAGGAAAAACAGUGACAUCGAACAGUGUCUUUCUUUCAAUGCCAUAAUGGAGGAACUUGGAAUUUCACUCAAACACCAGAAGAAAUUAAAGAAAAGGACAAGAACUAAAGGGCGGUCGUCAUUCACAAGUAUCCUUACUUGUCAUCAGAGGCGGACACUGAGAAAAGAAACCAUGGCUUGAAUGAGUUCAACUUUCCCCAUGGAAGAGAUCUUGAGUAAAAGGCAAAGCAAAAAACUUUUUAUGCCUACCAGACAAUUGUACAGAGGGAUUUUUAAAAAGAGACAGCUUACAUCUCAGAAAUUCAGUGUGAUUUCCCCUUUUUUAAUCUUGAGGCGGUACAGCAGUAUCAGAACUCACAUAAGACUGAUGUACUACAAAUCACCCAGGAAACGUCUCGCUUUUACUUUUGAAAUGAUUUGUAUGGUCACCUAUUUUGCAUCUCUCUCUACUACUUCCCCAUUCAUUGCUGUAUGUGCUUUCUAAAUGAAUAAAAACAGGGAUUUUUCAGUA